GAAACCGUGCUAAUAAAAUCUGAAUACUUAAGUAAACGUUGUAGUUUAAUACACACUUUUUUUUUCAUACUGACACGGCGAUAUGAUUUGUUUAUUAGCCUCGUUUUCACUCAGCAAGCAGUACCAUCAUUGGAGGGCCAUUUGAUUAUGUCAUCUGCUCGUCGGAUUUGUGAGAAACCCAGACGUAGUGAGAGUCAUGAUUCUCAAAAUUCUAACCCUUAGAAUAGUGACAUGUCUUCUCCAUGUAUGGUAUAGCAUGUUUGAGCCAUACAGUUUUCUAAUCCCAAGUAAUCAAUAAAGGCGAACAGAAGAGAAAAUACGCGCCUUAAUGUUUUCUAUUUCGUCUUUCAGGGGGAAUUAAUGCGGAUUUUCCCCUUUGUAUCGCUCUGUGUAUUAAAUGUCGCUGAGUUAUCUACUUUUCGCCUAAAUAUUCAGCCAGUAAAAGUCGAGAUUUCAUCGACAUCGUUCUUGUGAGACUAUCAGAAAGUCUGUUGACCAGCAUUUAGUUCCCUUAAACUCUUGAAAACCUUAAAAAUCUGGGUAUACUGUAGUGACAUGUUAUAUACGAUCUUAUCGAAAAUUAUUAAGAUCUUAAACAUUAGUACGUUACUAACAGUGAAAGCUAUGUUUUGGCCGGUUAAUAAUUAUUUUUCUCAAGGAUUCAGUUAGAUUUAACGUUGAUCCUUAGAAUGUCUCGUCAGUACCAGCGAUCCACAUCUUUCAGUUGCUGCAAGGACCUUCACAAUAAGGCUAAGUCAGUUGUCUAGUGUUUUGCAAUUUUAGAACGCCACUUCCGUUUGGCUUGCAAGUUAUUGACUAACAAGUUGUUAUACAGACAGAUUCCAUUUCAAAAGUAAAAUAUUAUAGAAUCACCUGGCACUCGACCUUGGACAAAAGUGAUCGUUUAUAGGUUUAGGAACGCUUAGUUUGUUGCUUGACUCACAACUUUAGUGGGUAAUUGUUUUGCAACGGUUAUAUGCGUGAAAAAUUCCAUUAGUCAUUAGUUGGUGGUAAUCAACUUUCAUCCUGGCUCAAUUUUACAUUAGCCCUAAUUGCAUUACCACGACAGCACUAUGAGUGAAAAUAACAAAAUAGCUUGAACUUGAAAAAUGCAGUAGCAGUAAGGAUAAAAACGACUGUAUUUGGUUCAAAAAGGCAAUAUUUGUGUAUGAGAAAGUACCAGAAUUCAAGAUCUAGAGUGAAAUAAUGAUUGAAUGCAUCUGCGCUAUUAUGACUAAAUUUGAACCGUCUGAAGUCAUUGAGUGCAAUAACUGCACAGGCACCAAUCAGGUGGUUUGCACUUUCCAUAUGUCAGGGACUUCACGGACUGAUUUCAUGCCUUGAUUUGCCCGCCUCUAGCUUUUUCGCAACCUACUCCUACUCCAAAAAAUGUCACCCGUCGCAGUAAGCAUACCUAACACAUCUUGGGCCACUUCAGUCGUUGAAGAUUCACAGCGAAAUCCCUAGUUUUCUGUGGUAAACAUAUGCCUAAUCUCUAUAUUCCUCGCUUAUUUAUUUAUCUAUUUAUUUGAGCACAUAAAUAUUGGUAUAGAGGGCCCUAAAUACACAUGUGCCACACAAUUCAAUUGGUUUAUGUGAGGGAUGUGAUACUACACGGGUACCCAGAGCGAAGUAAGUGAUUUCCUUAGGGGGCCACACCCGGGGCCUUGGACCUAAAGGUCUGAUCCACAAGGCAGUGGAGCAACGUCAGAAGAUGCAGUCCCAUGUUAGCCGGUGUCCAAUAAUUGGUUCAUACACCAUUUGUUCCCUCAGGAUCCUGGAUCCCAUGUACACCAUUGGUUCGGAAUCAGGGUUCUCCAAAUCCCCUAGGUGGACCUUCCAUAUCGACCAACCCGGUUAAAGAGCCGGAGUUUCGCUUUUCGUCUCCUCAAUUUCGUGAACAACACCCCCGCCAUGAGGUAGUGAGUAGGACUUCCCUGGAAGAGGCUAUAUACGCGUGGCCAUGCGAGAGCAUUUCGAGAGGGAGAGCGGCCUUUCCGCACUCUCGGCCGUACCAGGGUGUUUGAGGGCAAUGAUCCUUCAGCACUUAGUCUUUCUCUGAUACCCGAACAAUGUUUCAGAUUCACUUAUGAUAAAAAUUCUACAGCCUACGCAUGUCUUAUACUUCUCUGUAGUAUGUUUUACAACUAUAGAGUAAUACAAAGCAAACUUCAUAGCAACAUGCUCACCCCUUGUUAGCGGAUAUACGUGUUGACUAAGGCUAAAAGAGCUUUCUGAAUCCUUACUAAUAUUUCAUUAGAAUAAACUUAACAGGGCUAAUGAUGCUGAAAUAAGUGCUCGUCGCACUCAACUGCCUUACUCCCCGUGAUCAGUUUAACCGAUGGUACAGACCAGUCCUAAAGCUACAUCUUACGUCUGAGAAAAAAACAAUUCAGACAUGUAUUGUAAUUCACAGUGAUCAGGAGACUGCACUGUCUGUGUUUUCAUUCAAUGGUAGCUUGCUGUCUGUGUAUUCUAAGCUGUUAACGUAACUUCCUGGUAGGGGAUUAAUCUCUGAAACGUCAGAUAGUGUUUUCCACAAUAUUGUUCAUGAUUUUGUGUGACAAAAUCAAAUAAAAAAGAGGGAUUAGUGGGCAACCAGAAUCCAUCUAGAAAUCGCAGCACUUUCUGUAAAAUUGGUUAGUGGGAAGAAUAUUAAAAUCAGCUGCGUUCGUAACUGCGAAUUUUCUUUUUCCAUUAUUUCACUACUUUCUAUACAUGCAAAUUACUGUAGCAGAAUAUAAAAUUACCCGAGGUGAGACAUCACUUCACAUGACCACAUCAAUGCCUGCAGUAACGUUCAGAAUUCCAUGUGUCAUGUAAUAUUAUCCGUACAUUACAUUUUCAUAUUAACAUGUUGAUAAAAUAACAAUUUAAAGUAUAAUUGUGUGGGCAAAUUUAUUUGUUCGAUUGAAAUAGGCUAUGGUAAAUAUAUGUCUAGGGUUAUACACCGAUUUGUGUCAUAUCAGAUGUUUUAGGAAUACGAGCUCAAUCCAACAAUUUUAAGGUUCUUACACCUUUACCACCUAUCUAUGUACACCUAAUUUUCUGGAAAUUUUCAGGUUCUAAAACCAGCUAUUGUAACAUUUUAUUACAAACUUUUUAAUGCACCUUUGAUUUAGAUUUUAUUGUUUCGAUGAAAAUGAUUUUUCAAUUUCAAGGUGUGUUUUUUUGUGGAUUGCUUAUCGAACUACGUGGGUUUUUCGCAAAACUGUUUCGCUUUAUGUACUAUUUUGUCAUCAGUCAUUUACUUAUGUAAUAUUUACGUUAGUGUAGCAAAGUGGGUGGUGUAUUCUCAUUACUCUUAAUCCUUACUUCUUAUCCAAAGUAUAGGCUAAAUGUCGAUUGUAUCCAGUUAAACUUGUUUGAUACUUCAAAUGUUUAUAGUUUUCACUAUUGAUGCAAUGUAGCACCCAAAAUUAUGUAUUCUCUAGUAUAGUAUCUUAAUUUAGCAUCACUGCUCUGUUACGGACUGACCUUGUUUUAAGAUCUUUUACCUGGAAAUAAUUGUUAGGUGUUUUGUAACUGGCUAAAAUAGUAACAAAUUAGUACUUGUCACAAUAAAUUAAUGUUUAUAUUUAUUGGAUCCUGUCCUAGUGCUUCAGUUUAGUCAUAAUACAACUCAACCAACCAACAGAACACGUUUCAGUUAUCGUGUUUUAGAAACAUACCGUUGUAUCAACUCUUUAUGGACUUCUUUCGCUAUCAUUUGCGUAAGGUAAUUUCCCUCUACCGAGUAAUAAACAUUUUUGGAAGGUAACCUUAAUUUCUUAAUACGUAUGACACAGUAGCUGAAGUAAAUUAUUUAUUUCAUGUGACUACUUGUAAACUGAGAGGAGAAGUAGUAUGCAUGACUACAAUGGUGAGAGAUCUUGUUUUACUUCUCUGAUUUGCCCUCUCAAUUCAUUUUCUUGUCGUACUAAUUGUGUCAUGAAGCGCUGUUAACUCUUGGUUUGUUUCUGCGAGUGGUAGGUGGCUAGUUUUGAAUUGAUAUCAAGGCAGGGUUUGUACUUUAAACCAUAUUAGAUAUAAGUAAUACGAUAAGAGCUUUAAAUGAUGUUUAUGCAUUCAACUAUUACUUUACUGAGUAAUCUACACUAUCUGUUUGCAUGUAUUAUAAACUGAAAUCUGUACUGUAGUUACUCAAUCAACGUUUUGCUUUCUAUUUCUUGGCCUUAGAUAAUUUUCAGCGGGUAAAUGUUCACAUUAUAAUGUUCAAUCGCAUGUUGAUUGGAAUCAUUUAUUUCUGUUCUGAUUUCGUUGUGCUCUGUAUACAGUUUGAUGUUGUUUUGCCAGUGUUACAUAUCUUUACAUUCUAUGUUUUAGGUCCAUCUGUUUUUAAAGUGGCGCAUACCUAGCUUUUUUGUUGCAUUUUACUAGUGUUUGUCGGCUUUUUGUAGACUUUUUCGCCUGAAUUUUAUGUGCAACACGUAUGCCUUAUCGAUCCAAUGAAAAACAUCUUGUUGCGGACAUAACACAUAUUUAAAUCAAACGUGUAGGGAUAUUUGUUUUGUAUUUAGAUUUAUUUUCAUAAUGGUAAUUACGUAUACAGAACGGUAGAAAAGAGGUUCAGCUCUGAGGGAUACAUAAUAACAUAGGACUAAUGAAACAUUGUGUAGACGAAAGUAGGGAUUGAUACUUCUUCUCAAGGUCUUUGGUUUACUGAAUUCUUGACUAUUAGUAAAGGGAAGUCUGUUCUUUAUUUCUAUUUUUAAUUGCGUCAAUUUGUUAGGGUGAACGAUCUAAAUAUUUACUUCCACCUACCUACUGAAAAUGUAUAAUCUCGUUGUCAAAGUAAAACCUGCUAUCUACCGCUCAGUAUGUGUAUAUGCAUGAUAUCUUGGUAAUUAUUUACACUUGUCUAACAUUACAAGUGAUGGUGUGUUAUUUUAUUCAAAUAAUAUCCUUGUGCACUUUCUUGUUUGCACUAUAAACUUGCCUUCUUAUUAGCUGUUCAGGUUAAUUUAAUGUUUUAUCAGUGUCCAUUUUGUUUUCGUCUAACUGCUUACAAAAAUAGUUUGCGGUCUUUUUUCCCAUCAAGAUCCUUUAUUUUUUUAUCAGUACUCUAUAGUUACAUACACUUCGAACUACUUUUUGUUGAGUGAAACUUGAUUUUAACAUAUUAUGUACCCAUGUUAUUAAUUUCUCUCUCUCAUCAUAUCAUACAUUUAAUAUACUCAUUAAUUUUUCCAUAAUAAUAUAUGAGUCAAGUCUUGUCUCUUAGAUGUAGAAAAAGUAUGGUUGUACAUGUUUGUUUAGAAUUCCUGUUGGCGUUUACAUUAAGCUUUAGUUUCUCUCAGACGUCUAGGUAAAUAGCAGAACAAAUGGUGAAGUGUUCGACUUUGUCUCACUUUUCACUGUAAGUUUUAUAACUGCCGUAGCAUGACAAAAAUGUAAAAUCCUUCGAUGAUUUCGUAUCUGUAGGUUUUUGUGUAUUUGAUACUAUAGUUCUUUAUUUAAUUCGUUAAAUGUUAUUUCACUUCUCAAAAGUUGUUUCGUAGUUUUCAACUUAGUAUCCUUCAAAAGUAUGUAACUCGAAGCGUGGACACUGAUUGAGAUGCUUCCUGAACAUGGAUUUAGUGACAUACUGUCCAUCUUUCCAUACCUAUAGAUAAAAAUUCAUGUUUUAAGGUAAUCAACUCUGGAAUUGAAACGUCUGGUUGUAAGACUUUUUAUUUCAUCAAGAGUUUGGAUUAAUUUAUCAUAUAUUCUGGAACUGAAGUUUUAUGAAAUAUCAUUCACAGAUAAGUGACCCGGAUCUUUUUGAUUCCAUCAUAAUUGAAAUUAACGUAAAAUCAAGUCAUUCAUUUGUCUUAGGGCGUUCUUUGCUUUUAUUGUCGUGAUUUUUGAAAAAAGUGUUAAGAAUAAGACAAGCUAAGAACGUUAUAUAUGAACUUGUCAUUAUUGUUAACUCAUUUGCCAGGUACUGAUUCGUGUACUUUACUUUGAGUUGCAUUCUGCGUAUGGAGGUUAGUGAUACUCCCUUGGUACCAAACCAAAGUAGGUAGUAUAGUUGAAACUUGAGACUCAUUGACUAAAAGUUGAACACUCUAACCAUUUGAUUAAUUUCAAGAAAUUAGCUAAUUUAUCAAUAAACAUUUUAAAAAUGGUAAGACUGUGAUCCAGUUAAGACGCUGUAAUGAAGGAUUUGACUAAAGUAAUAGUUUUUACUCGUCAAUUACAAUACUUAUUUAACCCAACAGGGUAAAAAUAGUUUUUACUGGUAGGAAGAAUUGUAUCUGGUCGUAUUCCUGAUCUAACAGUUCCCAAAGAGUUUUGGAAACGUCCUAAUAACUAGUGUAAUGAAAAUCAUUUGUUAUUCUUUGAUUCGUAUGUAUUACUACUGAUCGGACUGCCAAUGUUUUAAAGUGAACUUUUACUUCAUCGACUUAGUACUGGUUAUAGAAAAUUUGGGAUGUAAAGCAUCGUAUUUGAUUUUUCCAAGUUCAAUUCGUCCUGAUUUCCUGAUGAUCCCACUCAUAUACCUCAUAAUGUGUAUUAAGGGAUCUCAAAAUAGUUAUCACAUAUAUGAACUCAUCAAUGAAAUUGGGAUCUGAAUAAAACUUUGUAGUGUCAAUUAAAUUGCAUGUUGUACCAGAACAACAGUAAAAUCUGAAUUAUCCAUGUUGUAACUGAACGUGAGAAAACUUUUCUAUUCACAGUAUCCAUUUUUUGGUAGAUGGAUGAUUUGCCAAAAUUUAGUGGUUAUUAAGUUUUAUUUUCAUUCCUAUUAUGCUUUUGUGCAAAUAAUAUAUAGUUUUGGUCCAACCCCGAGUAUACAGCUUUUAUAAUUUUGAUUUAACAUUAGUCGCUUCCAAAAGCAAGAAUAAUAGUCAGAACUACGCAACUCUUAAAUUUACAGUAUAUAGUUUUGUAAACCACGUUGUUAUUGUUGUAGAAUAUUUUUGAAAAUGUAAAGUCGAGAAUGUAUUGGAUUCAUAAAUUACAGUAUCGUAAAAUCAGUAAAUUAUAAUUUCUCAAAACAAUCAAAAUUAAACGUAGUUGUUCGCUCUUCGGGUUUCUGGAUUAAUCGUCGAACUGUGAAAUCCUCCUUAAGCUUGAAAUUUUUUUAAUUCUGUCAAUUAGUUUAAGGUCCUAUUUAAAUUUAAGCAUCUUCCAUCACGUAACUCAAUUGGAUGAUUUAUCAGCGUAAUCAGUUCAACCGUAUUUUUAUUCAAACAUAACCGAAAGGCCUAAAAUCUACAUCAAAAUUUCACCAGUUUUCUCAACCUGGUAAAAGCGAAUGUAUAAUGAUAACCAAAGUAUUUACUACGAACCUAUUUUUCGCUUCAAGAAACAAGUACUUAAUUUCCGAAUACGUUUUUCUUUUUCAGAUAAAUAUUCUACACCAAGUUCGCAGUCAGAAGUAACGAGAUGUAAAAAGGAGAAUACACAUUGCCGAACUCCUGAAGGUGAGAAUAAUGGAAAACAUACAGAGUCCAGUAGUAGGGAAAGUGACUACGGUUCACAGUCAACACGUAGUUCUUUAUCGUUCGCUGUUAAACGUUCUGGUUUGUCAAAUAAACUCUCCCAUACUGCGCACUUUGAACGCAACAAUUCAAACGACCAAAGUGAGAUCGAGUCUUACCCAUGUGAUAGUAAAUCUGAAUCAUCACAUACAGAUUGUAAAUCUAACCAGAGGGAGUGCCGUACCAAAAACAAUGCAAUUGCUAAAUCUUCGUUGAGUACGAGACCCACUCUUUCAGCUCGUAUUCCUGAUGAUGAUUGUUGCGGUCAAAAAAGUGCUAAGUCACCGUACAAAAAAUGUAAGAAAAGUGAUACUAGUACUUACCAUACUCCUACAAAUUCUCGUGAGCGUGAAAAGUCAAAAAGCAGUUUUGAUGCUGCAGAUCAUAUUUCAAGUAAUGCAGGCGAUAGAAGUCCUUCCGGUAGAUACUCUAUAUCGGUAAAACAGAGCUCAGAUGUCUGUAUAUCUUAUUCCGAAAAACAUGCAUCAUACUCUGAUCAAAAACGAAAUCAAGUUGGUUCAAAUACACUUGUCGCUUAUAAUAGUACUGAUGACGAAUUGCCUCAUGGUAAUAAAGAACAUUCACAUGUGAAACGUAAAAUAAGGCGGAAGGUUGAUGAUCAGUCACACCGUAAAGAUCAUAGUUUGUCGGAAACUCGUCCUAGCAAUCUUAGUUCGUCGUCAAAUCAACUAACUCCUGGGAAGACAAAUAGCGUCAGAGUUAUCAAAGGUACUGCCAGAUCUACGUGGGAUUCAAGUGAUAGUGAUUUUGACUCUUCAGUUGUACGUACUGAAAAAUUUAGUGAAAAUGAGCAAACCACCUCUCCAGAUAACCACCAGAAAUCAAAUUCCUUAGAAUCCUCACAUAAAGCGUCUCGUCCCUUAAACAAGUCCACUCUGUCAAAAGAAGCAAAAAGUGAUUUAACUACGAAAAAAAAGGAUUGUAGGCACCAAGAUGGUUCUAGCAAAUGUGAUCCAGUCAAUUCGAAUGAAUCGCGUCCGAAAUUAUCUGGUAGAGAUUCACAUCACAGAAGAUGUAGAAAGAAUUCAGAUCGUCACCACUCCACAAGUUGUCGAAGGAAGUCUGUUUCAUCAGGAGGUUCUGAUGGCUCUCGAUGUUGCAACAAUCGAGGAACCUCUCGCACAAAGAGCACUAUUGAAGGUGUUACACAGAAAAAUCGUAAACGUUCACGCUCUCGUAGAUCAUCCUCUUAUCAUUCUUCUGCCAGUAGGUCGCGUUAUUCCUCUCGUUCAGAAUCUUCUCAUAAAUACGAUCGACACAAACGUAGUUAUAAUGAGUCAAAGUCCUACAGUUCUAGGUCGUCUGCUCGUACUUCUCGUUCAUUUCGCUCAAGUUACAGUUCAAGAUCAAGCUCUGUAAGAACUCGACGCCAUAGACAUGUUAGAUCUUUUUAUCGGAGAAGGCAUAGGCGUAGAAGCUACUCUCUUCGUUCACGAUCUCGCUCAAGGAGUUGGCAUUCAACAGAUUCCAGUUUUUCUUCACAGUCUUCUCUCUCGUCACGUUCUCGUUAUUUUUCACGUCGAAAUACCUCUAAAAAUCGUUCUCUUUCUCGUCGUUCUCGUACUCCUUUAUACCGACCCACUUCAUCUAUUACAAAAGUUUCAGAAGAUAAUUUACGAACUCCACCAGAACAUCGUCUCGCUCGUCUUGGCGUUGGACCAGUGAGUAAAGAUAAUAUAUCAGAUAGUAGGAUGAAUAGUCCUUAUACUGACCCGAAGUCCAUUUCCUACAUACCAAGCGUCGAUGAGACAGUUUCGGCAGCUGUCAAUAGAGUUGUGGGCGGAGAGAAAUCCAAGUAUCGAAAGUCAUCACAUGAAUCUACUACAACAAAUAAUAACAAUGAUAGUAACAAUUUAAAACCUAUCCACAAUUCUAAAUCAUCUGUUGAACGUAAUAGUGAUUCACAUUCACAACCACCGUCUUCAUCUGGUGUAGUACAGUCAAGUAAUAAAACGUCCAGUCCUUCGGUGCUCGUUGAUAUACCACUACCUCAAGAUGCACACCAUCAAACCAUUGAUAAUUCAGACAGCAGAAGUCAUACGAACAAAUCUGUCCCUUAUAUUGGACCACAGGUUCCUCCAGAACUAGCCAAACGCUUCGGCUUAUCAGUUAGUGACACUACAACAAAGCUGGAGGUCGGUGAUCCUCUAACCUCAGUUUCAAGUGGUAACUAUGUGGAGAUUAGUUCGAAUUCUAUCCAAUUACAAAAUACUCCUAAUUCAUCUUCUGUUACCGUUUUGGUCACGUCAUCUGCUAAAAGUAGUAAUGCUCCGGAGGUAGCCAAUUUCAACCCUCCAGAAUUUACAAUUCCACCUGAACAAGUUGAAUUAUAUAGACCGUUACAAGAGCAAGCUAAAGAACAUGCUUUACGUCGGAGUGGGAUUCUGAUGCCUGAUGAGUCAAGAUUAAAUCAAAUUCCCUGUGAAUAUAGUUUUCUACAACAGCAACAAGUACAGCGACAGUUAGCGCUUCUUCAACAACAACAGCAACAAAGUCAAGCCUCCAUUGUAUUUACUCCUGCUAAUGUUAUUUAUUCAUCUCCUUCGUUACUACCCUUAUAUGCUGCUGCUAAUACUCCAUUAAUCUCAACCAUACCAAGUGGUAGCAUAACAACUCCUGGUAAUAUUAAUGUCACUGAAACCGCAGUUCCACAACAAUUAUCAGCUGAAGCAAUACUUUUAAAGCAACAACAGUUGCAACAACAACAACAGUUAUCUGCUCUGUGUGGAGCUACUUAUCAACAUCAGGCUAAUGGAAAUGAAGCUUCACAAAUAUAUCUCGGAUCUGUCAAUAAUCCACAUAUUACAUCCAGUCUAACAAUAGAGCAACCUAAUACAUCCACAUCAUUCUCUGGUAACGUUAAACCGGAAGUCAAUCAGUUAUCUGCAUCCAUUCAGCAAGCACAAUUACAACAACUAAUUGCGGCAGCCGCAUUACAAUCAGCUGUUCAAGCUAAUAACAAUAAUAAUAUUCAUUCCUCAGCAAAUACAAUUCAGUCAGUCAAUCAACAACAGUUACUGAACCAAUUGAUUGCUCAACAAUCUCAGCUAUCUGGAUUCAAUAUUGCUCCAAAUCUAGUAACAGCUUCUCUGUUAGCUGCACAACACCAACAAAAGCAGUUAAUAGCUCAAUGGCAGAAACGUGCUCUUGCUUUGGCAACAGCAAGUCCUGCUGGUGAUCAGUUAAAGAGCGCUCAAGAAAGACGACUUCCUGUCAUCACUCCAUCCGCUGCUACUCCUGCUAAUUUGACUGUCGCUACUCCUACUAGUAUAGCUUCUAUCAUUAACGCUGCCAAUUCAUUACCAGCUGCAUUACAGUUAGGCCUCUUAAGAUCUGGUCUCAAUACUUCUAUUCUUUCCAGUGGUGCAGUAAAUCCAUCGACCCAAAAUCAAAUAGCUUCUAUGGCUGCAAUAAUUGCUGCAGCACAACAGCACCAGCAGCAGCAACAGUGUCAACAAGCUACAGCUCUUUCAAAUUCUCACCAAACUCUUGGUGCGAGUUCAACACAAUUUCCUGUCUCUUCUUCAAAUUCAGAGUUUUCCGGUACUUCUGUACAGUCAAAUUUAUUACCGCAGCAAUUGCAACAGCGUUUAUUAUCGUUGCAAGCGUCAAUUUUACAUCAGAGACAACAACAACAAUUAGCUUCAAUGAAUAAUGCAGCAUUAUUACAAGCUGUGAUUGCCUCAUCCCAACAACAACAACAACAGCAAAUUGUUCAAAGUCAAUUUCAGCAACAACAACAACAAGCAGCUCUUGCUGCUAUUUUAGCUGCACAAAGAAAACAACAACAAGCAACUCAAGAUCGUUUAAAUAAACAAAUGUGAUGAAUUACGAAUAUAAUCUUUGAUUUAUUGACUUGUAAAGAUAAUGAAAAUUGUAUAUACUAAUCAAUUAGUCAGUAUAUAACAAUGUGUUGGUUUUUUUCUUUCUGUAUGAUAUUUUAUAUAUAGUUUUAAUUUGUAUGAUUACAGUUUGAUAUUAAUUACUUUCUGCCCCGU